AUGAAUCAUGGUGAAUAUAAUGAAGUUAUUCCCAAACAUAUACAAGAGCAGUUCGAAAGACGUUUGGAACAGUGGAAGGAGGAUGAUCAACUGUUUGUUAGUACUGAAGUAGAGAAGCAUGUAAUGCAAAAGGUUUUGACACAAAGUUCAGUUACCCUGGUCGGAAACUCAGGCACCGGAAAAAGUUUUCUUUCUAAACACAUUGCCCUCAUAAUGAUGAAACAUGGCUAUACUGUAAUUCCAUGUAAUAAACCUGAAGAUAUUGGUAAAUGGUUUAAACAUGGCAGGAAAACAUUGUUUUUCUUUGAUGAUGUUUGUGGCAGAUAUACUCUUAAUCAACAGAUUUAUACUGACUGGAAACACAAUCUUGAUUCCAUUACAUCUAUUCUCACAGACCAAUGUUGUAAAAUAAUAUCAACGUGUAGAUUAGAAGUUUACAACGAUGAACGUUUUAGAUAUCUCUCUAUGUUCAAAAUCUGCAAAGUCGAUUUAAGUUCACAAGAAUUCAAACUUAGUUCCACUGAAAAAAUGACUUUAGCUGCAGUGUACUUUAAGGACAAUACUGAUGAAGUAAAGGAACUUUCAGAAAAAUAUGAUUUUUUUCCACUUUUGUGUAGCUUAUAUCAGAAACAGAACCUCCAAAAAAAUAUAACCAUUAGCUCUUUUUUUAGCAACCCUUUUGAUUUUUUUAAAGAUCAACUUGAACAAAUGUAUAGCGAGAGUGAUGCUGGUAAGAUGCAGUACUGUAGCUUAGUCCUUUGUGUGAUGUUUAACAACACAUUAACAGAAGAAAACAUGUCCACAAAAGACAAGCAGAUCGAGGUAGUUUUAGAAGUAUGUGAACUAUCUAACGAAACACCUAUUAAAAGUUUAAAGAAAUCCCUCGAAAUACUUGAAGGUAGCUAUGUAGUCAAGGAGGAUAGUACAUACAAAAUAAUCCAUGAUAAGUUGUUUGAUUUCCUGGCUAAGUACUUCGGUGAGAAGAUGUUACAGCUCUUUUUUUAUCAUGCUCAUACUGAUUUCAUUGCUGAGAGAUUCAUUUGGAAGAUAACAGAAAGCAUGAGCACAGAAAUAGAGUUUGUGAUACAAAUACCUGAUAAAUAUGUAGAUAAAUAUAUAGAAAGAUUGCUGAGAGACUGGAAGAACGGUUAUGUGGAUAGUGUAUGUCAUAACAGAAACAUGAAAUCUACUUUAUUUACAGAAACAUUUGUUACACAAUUAAAUCAACUUGAUCAAUCAAAGCAACAUGAUCUUCAUUGUACUAAAGAUAUUUACAGUAAAGAUAUAGCACUUGCUGGAACUUGUUAUAUGGGUACUGUUGAUCUUGUCAAAUGGUUGAUAAGUAUGAAUAGUGACAUUAACUACAGUAGAGAGGAUGGUUCGUUUCCUUUAUUAUGGGCAAGUCAGGAAGGACAUGUUGAUGUUGUUAAAGAACUGAUACAACAUUCAGCUGAUGUCAAUAAGUGUGACAAUAAUGAUGUAUCACCUCUGUAUAAAGCAAGUCAGAGUGGACAUAUUGACGUUGUUAAAGAACUGUUACAACAUUCAGCUGAUGUCAAUAAGUGUGACAAUGAGGAUACAUCACCUCUGUCUAUAGCAACUGAUGUCAAUAAGUGUGACAAUGAUGGUACAUCACCUCUGUCUAGAGCAAGUCAGAGUGGACAUAUUGACGUUGUUAAAGAACUGUUACAACAUUCAGCUGAUGUCAACAAGUGUGCCAAUGAUAGUACAUCACCUCUGUCUAGAGCAAGUCAUAAUGGACAUGUUAAUGUUGUUAAAGAACUGAUACAACAUUCAGCUGAUGUCAAUAAGUGUGACAAUAAGGAUGCAUCACCUCUGUAUAUAGCAAGUCAUAAUGGACAUGUUAGUGUUGUUAAAGAACUGAUACAACAUUCAGCUGAUGUCAAUAAAUGUGACAAUAAUGAUGUAUCACCUCUGUCUAGAGCAAGUCAGAAUGGACAUGUUGACGUUGUUAAAGAACUGAUACAACAUUCAGCUGAUGUCAAUAAGUGUGACAAUGAUGGUACAUCACCUCUGUAUGGAGCAAGUGCUGAUGUCAAUAAGUGUGACAAUGAGGAUACAUCACCUCUGUCUAGAGCAAGUCAUAAUGGACAUGUGGAUGUUGUUAAAGAACUGAUACAACAUUCAGCUUUUGUCAAUAAGUGUGACAAUGAGGAUAUAUCACCUCUGUAUAGAGCAACUGAUGUCAAUAAGUGUUACAAUGAGGAUAUAUCACCUCUGUAUAGAGCAAGUCAGAAUGGACAUGUUGAUGUUGUUAAAGAACUGAUACAACAUUCAGCUGAUGUCAAUAAGUGUACCAAUGAGGAUGUAUCACCUCUGGCUAUAGCAACUGAUGUCAAUACGUGUGACAAUGAGGAUACAUCACCUCUGUAUAGAGCAAGUCAUAAUGGACAUGUCGAUGUUGUUAAAGAACUGAUACAACAUUCAGCUGAUGUCAAUACGUGUGACAAUGAUGGUACAUCACCUCUGUAUAUAGCAAGUCAGAAUGGACAUGUUGAUGUUGUUAAUAAAUGUAACAAUAAUGGUGUAUCACCUCUGUAUAUAGCAAGUCAGAAUGGACAUGGCGAUGUUGUUAAAGAACUGAUACAACAUUCAGCUGAUGUCAAUAAGUGUAACAAUGAUGGUACAUCACCUCUGUGUAUAGCAACUGAUGUCAAUAAGUGUGCCAAUGAUGGUACAUCACCUCUGUGUAUAGCAAGUCAGAAUCGACAUGUUGAUGUUGUUAAAGAACUGAUACAACAUUCAGCUGAUGUCAAUAAGUGUGAAAAGAAUGGUGCAUCACCUCUGUAUAUAGCAAGUGAAUAUGGGGAUGUUGAUGUUGUUAAAGAACUAUUACAACAUUCAGCUGAUGUCAAUACGUGUUACAAGAAUGGUGAAUCACCUCUGUAUAUAGCAAGUCAGAAUGGACAUGUUGACGUUGUUAAAGAACUGUUGAAUCAUUCAGCUGAUGUCAACAAAUGCGACGACAAAGGUCAGAAACCUCUUUAUGUGGCACAUAUGAAUGGUCAUUUGAAAAUAGAAGAAUUACUUUUAGGAACAAGUGCAAGUCAACAUUGAUGUCACAAUGAUUAAUUCCACAUUGCUAUUUUCGUUAUUUCGUGUUUUGACAAAUGCUCAUAUUGCAAUUUUGUCUGUAUAUUUCCUACUUGAAGCUAAGAUAUGUUAAGGAGUCAAUGGUUAACUAAUUAACAACCCUUUAGACUUACACCUGUAUCUUUUUGUUAAUUUUAAAUUCCCAACUAGAUGAACAAUGGUAUGUGCUCUAAUGAAUCGUGGAUUAUAUACUAGAAAAUCCGCUAAAUUAUAAAAUAUUCUCUAUGUGUUUAAAAUUGAUUAACUCCAAAUAUAACAUUUAAUUAUUUGUACUUUCCUAAAUUAAUGCUAGAAACAAUUUGAUAACGUGUUACUAAGUUAUCGAACCGUACUGCUAGUAAUUUUUACAUUACUUUUGAAUUCUUGGUUAAGUUUGAUGUCUGACUGAUGU